CAGCGCGCGCGGUCCAGGCCGGUGGGCGCCGGGGCUGGAUCGGGCUGGGCAUGGCGGCGCUGCAGUUCGGGGCGGCGAGUGGGGCUGAGGAGACGGCCUUGCCCGGCGGGAGCUUCGGGGCGGCGGACUCGUUCCCCAAAGAUUUCGGCUACGGCGCCGAGGACGACGACGACGAAGAUGACGAGAGGCGGCCGAGCUGGGGGCUCAUGGGGCUGCGGCGCAGUGGGAAGUCGUCCAUCCAGAAGGUGGUGUUUCACAAAAUGUCUCCCAAUGAAACCUUGUUCUUGGAAAGUACUAACAAGAUCUACAAGGAUGACAUUUCGAACAGCUCCUUUGUGAACUUCCAAAUAUGGGAUUUUCCUGGGCAAAUGGAUUUUUUUGACCCGACGUUUGAUUAUGAGAUGAUCUUCAGAGGAACUGGAGCCCUGAUCUAUGUUAUCGAUGCACAGGAUGACUACAUGGAAGCUCUAACUAGGCUCCACAUUACAGUUUCAAAAGCCUAUAAAGUCAAUCCAGACAUGAACUUUGAGGUUUUUAUUCAUAAAGUAGAUGGCUUGUCAGAUGACCAUAAAAUAGAAACUCAAAGAGAUAUUCAUCAGAGAGCCAAUGACGACCUUGGUGAUGCUGGGCUAGAAAAACUUCAUCUUAGCUUUUAUUUGACUAGCAUCUACGAUCAUUCAAUAUUUGAAGCCUUCAGUAAAGUGGUGCAGAAGCUUAUACCCCAGUUGCCAACUCUGGAAAACCUGCUAAAUAUCUUUAUAUCGAAUUCAGGGAUUGAGAAAGCUUUUCUCUUUGAUGUCGUCAGCAAGAUUUAUAUAGCAACUGACAGUUCCCCUGUUGACAUGCAGUCAUACGAGCUCUGCUGUGACAUGAUUGAUGUAGUCAUUGAUGUUUCUUGUAUAUAUGGGCUAAAGGAGGAUGGGAGCGGAAGUGCUUACGACAAGGAGUCUAUGGCAAUUAUCAAACUAAAUAACACAACUGUUCUGUAUUUGAAAGAAGUGACAAAGUUUCUGGCCUUGGUGUGCAUCCUCAGAGAAGAAAGCUUUGAGCGCAAAGGUUUAAUAGACUACAAUUUCCACUGCUUCCGCAAGGCCAUCCAUGAGGUCUUCGAAGUGGGUGUUUCCUCCCAUCGCUUCUGCAACCAUCAAGCAAAUAUGCCCAGUCUAAAAGCAGUGACUCAUAAUGGCACCCCUAGAACCGCAGUCUAGGGGAGACCAAACCUUGGAUGGCCAAGUGCUUGCCCACCCCUGUUGUGUGUGUGUAUAAGGGGUGAGCGGCCAAAGAGGGACUGGCUGCAUACAUUUGUGUGCGCAUUCUGAAAGAGAAGAGAAACCCUUGCCUUAUGGAGCUGGGUGUGGCACAAGCAGAAGGCUGCUAAGCCUUUGGGACCGAGAGUGGCUGCUUCUGUAUUCACGUGGUGGCUCUUGGGAGUUGAAAAGUCUCCUUCACCUGGACCUCUCCCUUGAUAGAGCAUGGAUUAUUCCAGAGCUGAGCUGAGCUGACACACGCUCAGUAUUCUUAUAUGUUUAAGCCUAAGUAGUGUUAGAUAAUUUGCCUUUCCACAAGAAGUCUGGGACUCUAUUACAGAAGUUCAGAAGCUGAAACCUUUACAGCUCGUGGCUUAGUUUUAACGCAGUCUGAAACAUUCCAUGUGGUUUUUUUUGUUUUAAUCAUAUUUUGCUGUAAACAUCUUAAAAAAUAAUUCCUUAUUCUGUGAGCUUGAAAUUGCCAUGCCAAAUUGUGCUAGCCCUCCUCGGUUUAAGUCCAGCAGGACCCCAUACAGUG